GCGAAUCCGUACUGAAAUCAGGAAGUAUGCUUGCAGCACUUAGGAAAAGUAGCCCACAACUCUCCGCGCACACUCUGCCCGCGCAGCUCUGAAUGAAUCGCGUGUCUCACACACACAGCUCUCGUUACCAGAAUGAUUCAACUACUGGAGGAUGAGCGUGAGCGGUCGCGGUACUUUGCAAAUGAGCGCUUCCGGUAAAAAGUCCGGUUGAGUGAGGUUGUUUUUACCGGAGUCUCCGGGCGUCACUACUACAGCCGUAUCUACACGUGGUGUCUUUAACAUCAACGCAGCAUUUCUCUUUAAAAGAAAAUAGUUAGUUGAGGCUUUGGCAUCACCGAGCAGCUUGCAGUCUAAAAAAUGGACUGGAAAAGAGUACUCAAUUCCCAACACUUUCUGCAAUCACUUUUGGCUGACUCCACUCCAGGUUUUCCAUUUCCUAACUGUGUUUUCCCCAUUCUGAUCGACUGUGGACUGAGGGUACGGGAGAGCAGGAACAAAAUACCUCACUAAAAACAUGGGCCAAUCUGGGACUUCAUCCUAUUUUUCUCUCACUCUAAAAUUGAGCAUCUUCCUCUUAGUUUUCUCCUAUGAGCCCACGCCAGCCACUGCAGGCAGCUCCAAAUCAAGCUUAGAUGUAGAUACUUCUAACGCAAACUCUACACACGAGACUUGCGGCGGUAGUUUUGAAUGCAAAGAGGGAGUGAUCUUGCCAAUUUGGAUGCCGGAGAACCCGUCCUUUGGGGAUAAGUUGGCCAGAGCCACUGUGUACUUUGUUGGUAUGGUCUACAUGUUCCUGGGUGUAUCCAUCAUCGCAGACCGCUUUAUGGCUUCCAUUGAGGUCAUCACAUCGCAGGAGAAAGAGAUCACAAUCAAGAAGCCUAACGGGGAAACCACAACCACUACUGUUCGUAUUUGGAAUGAAACUGUCUCGAAUCUUACUCUCAUGGCUCUGGGUUCCUCAGCCCCAGAGAUUCUGCUCUCUGUGGUUGAAGUGUGUGGGCACAACUUUGAUGCAGGGGAGCUGGGCCCAAACACUAUUGUUGGAAGCGCAGCUUUUAAUAUGUUUGUCAUCAUCGGUUUCUGUGUCUCUGUGAUACCGGAAGGAGAGCAUCGGAAGGUCAAGCACCUGCGGGUGUUCUUUGUCACCGCCACUUGGAGUAUAUUUGCAUAUACAUGGCUUUAUCUGAUCUUGGCAGUGAUUUCCCCAGGUAUCGUGGAAAUCUGGGAGGGACUCCUUACUCUCUUCUUCUUCCCGAUUUGUGUCCUAUUUGCUUGGGUUGCAGACCGCAGACUUUUAAUCUACAAGUACAUGUACAAACGGUACAGAGUUGGAAAACAAAGGGGAAUGAUUAUUGAGACUGAAGGUGAGCCAGAGCUCCAGUCUAAGGCGGAUAUUGAAAUGGAUGGCGGGAUGCUUAACUCUCACGGUGAUGAAUUCUUAGAUAGCACGGUGGAUACUGAAGAUAAAGACAUGGAGGAGGAUGAGGCCAGAAGAGAAAUGGCCAGGAUUUUGAAGGAACUGAAACAGAAACAUCCAGAAAAAGAGAUGGAGAAAUUGGUUGAGCUCGCCAACUACCACGUCCUCAACCAGCAACAGAAGAGCCGCGCGUUCUACCGCUGCCAGGCCACUAGACUUAUGACCGGUGCGGGUAAUAUACUAAAAAAGCAUGCUGCAGACCAAGCCAGAAAAGCACUAGGCAAUCACGAACUUCGAUCAGAUGUCUCAGAUAAUGAUAUUUCCUCUAAGAUCUUCUUUGACCCUGGUACAUAUCAGUGUCUUGAGAACUGCGGGACUGUGGCUUUGAAUGUGGUACGACGCGGCGGUGACUUAACUAGCACUGUGUCCGUGGAGUACCGCACUGAGGACGGCACUGCCAAUGCAGGCUCUGAUUACCAGUUCACCGAGGGUGUUAUAGUCUUCAAACCAGGUGAGACAGAAAAGGAGAUAAGAGUGGACAUCAUCGACGAUGACAUUUUUGAAGAAGACGAACACUUCCUGGUUCAUCUCAGCAACGUCAAGGUCAUUUCUGAAGGAACCGACAAUGGGAAAGGCGCCAAUCAUGUGGACACAUUAGCUAGUCUUGGCCUUCCUUCAACAGCUACUGUGACUAUCUUUGACGAUGACCACGCUGGCAUCUUCACAUUUGAGGAACCAAUUGUUCAUGUCAGUGAAAGCAUUGGUAUGAUGGAGGUGAAGGUGGCACGUACCUCUGGAGCUCGUGGAGUAGUGGUAAUCCCUUAUAAAACCAAUGAAGGCACAGCAAAAGGCGGAGGAGAGGACUUUGAAGAUACCCAUGGAGUCUUGGAGUUCCAGAACGAUGAGAUUUCCAAAACUAUUCAGAUCAAUAUAAUCGAUGAUGAGGAGUAUGAAAAGAAUAAGAACUUCUUCCUGGAGAUUGGAGAGCCACAAUUGGUGGAAAUGAGUGAGAGAAAAGCUAUGUUGCUGCAUGAAUGUGGUGGAUUCGUGAAGACAGAUAAGAAGCUUUAUGGCAGGGAUGUGUACCGGAAAGUGCAGGGUAGAGACAAACCAAUCCCCUCCACCAUUAUCAGCAUCACAGAGGACGGGGAAGAGGAGAACCUGACUAAAAAAGAGAAGGAUGAGAGACGUAUUGCUGAAAUGGGUCGCCCGACACUGGGUGAACAUGUGAAACUUGAAGUAAUCAUUGAGGAGUCUUACGAGUUUAAGAACACAGUCGACAAACUCAUAAAGAAAACCAACUUGGCUCUUUUGGUUGGUACUAACAGUUGGAGAGACCAGUUUGUAGACGCCAUUACUGUCAGCUCAGGGGACGAUGAUGAUGAUGAGUGUGGGGAAGAAAAAAUGCCAUCUUGCUUUGACUACGUCAUGCACUUCCUGACUGUGUUCUGGAAGGUUCUGUUUGCGUUUGUGCCACCCACUGAUUACUGGAAUGGCUGGGCGUGUUUCAUCGUGUCCAUCAUCGUGAUUGGCAUCCUCACUGCGUUCAUUGGAGACCUGGCAUCCCAUUUUGGAUGCACUAUUGGCCUGAAAGACUCUGUUACUGCAGUUGUGUUUGUGGCGCUGGGAACCUCUGUUCCAGACACAUUCGCUAGUAAGGUGGCAGCCAUCCAGGAUCAGUACGCUGACGCCUCCAUUGGCAAUGUGACGGGCAGCAACGCUGUGAACGUCUUUCUGGGCAUUGGAUUGGCCUGGUCAAUCGCUGCCAUAUUUCACCAGGCACAUGGCGAGUAUUUCAGAGUGGACCCCGGCACGCUGGCAUUCUCCGUCACCCUUUUCACCAUCUUUGCCUUCAUCUGUGUUGCCGUCCUCAUGUACCGCCGCCGGCCCGAGAUCGGAGGGGAACUGGGUGGCCCCCAGACUCCCAAAAUCCUAACCACAACACUGUUUUUCAGUCUCUGGCUGAUGUACAUCAUCUUCUCCUCCAUGGAGGCCUAUUGCAUCAUUAAGGGUUUCUAACUCAGGCACAGGAUGCUGUCGUUAAAAUCCUCGCAUAUAGGACAGGAGGAAAGGGUUCAAAAGCAGCCGUAGACGAUGGCAGGUGUCAUUAUUUUUGUGUUGCCCACUGUUUAAUGUGCGUGAAUACACAUUUUUCUGCUGUUAAGGUAAAACUUUUUAAAACUUUUAGUAAAGCUAUAAAGAUUUCAGAUUUCAAAAAUUAUCAUUUGGAAAUGUUACUGAUUUGGUUGACUAAAACCUGAAAUCUGUGAUAUGACAAAACAGCAGAUUAAAUUCAAUUCAAAAGACGUAUAACAUUCAAAUGUAAUUUUUUGGCUAAAUGGUACAAAACCGAAUGAUCUUUGAGUUACUUUUUGUUCCUCUGGUCACAUAAUACUUUAAAGAUCACUGACAUUUUAAAUCUCAUUUGUUUACUUGAAACAUUUUGAUGGAGAUGAAUGUUCAAUAAGCAUACAUCGUAGCAAAAAUGAACUCAAAAUCUGGGGUUAAAGAUGAUAGUAGUGCGUUUCACUUUUUGAAUCUACAAGCGGGUGUUUUGAACGACGAACGGUGUCGCAAGACUAUUUUUUUUUUCUGAUUUUAUACCAUAAAAGUGUGGUUUUGUGAGCAGCUUUUAUUUCGGAUUUACACAGUUAAGUGUUUUCGAGUAACCUAUAAACAAUCCUAAGCUUGAGGGGAAAAUGCUGUGGCACAUUCCAGCUCGGUUACAUGCGACACUCCACAGACGUCCUAUAGGAGCCACUCACUGAGGACAGUCAAAAGUAUUAUUAAAUGUAUUGCAAUGUGUUUUAUGUGUUUGUCCAAACUUGUACGUUAUGUUUUUAUCAAGGACUCUUUCCAUACAUUUCUAGUGCUGGUACCAGUAGUUUUAGGACAUACAAUCAAAUCCUAUGUCUGUCUCACCUUUUAGACAAAAGAUGUAUAAGAAAUUGUUUUGACAUUGUACAAAAGCAAGUUUAGAAUCUAUUGUUUUUAUUCUUUUUAAUACUGCUAUAUGAGGAAUGCAUGUUUUCUCUACUGUUUUUGCGACUUCUUCCCUUAAUGAAGAAAAUACUAUUUUUGAACAUUACACAAAGAACAACACACACAUAUGAUAGAAAGUCAACUGUGACACUGGGAAACUGAUCUUAUAUAGUGUUCAGUCUUCCUGAAUAGAAAAUUCAGGAUAUUUCACUAUUUUUACCCAUUUGUGGACACAAGCACACUGGUAAAAGCUUUUUUCUUUUAUUUUCACUAAUGUUUGAUAAGGACAUACUGUAUCAUUGUGCACACACGGGUGAUGGCACUGUUUAUCUACUAUCUACUCCAGCACGAGUCACUCUGCCCCCAGCCUCAUUUACAGUACAUUUUACAGAUACAUUGAAGUAGUUUUCCCUCGCUUGUGCGAGUGCUCAGUACCUGUAAGUUUCAUUUUGAUUAAUGUUAUCUGUAUGAUAAUACAAUCUUUUUAUUUAGAACAUUG